GUUUUUUUAGUCAAAAAUACCGAGCUAAAAUGAAUAUAAAUGCAUUUUCUAAUUUGGGUUGGAGAAACGCAAAAUUUUAAUUUAGACUUAAGUUCGACUUAGAUAUGCAUUGUAAUACAGGGCUCGAAUUCCUCAACUAUUUUUUGUUUUCACAUUUGCAAAACCCUAACACCAAUAUAUAAAUUGAGUUCGAACAAGAAGAUGAAAAGUUCAUGAAAAAUCUAAAAUUUUUGCAAACUGUCAAAUUUGAAACUCUUAGUAAUACCAUUGCUGCAUUUGUAAUUAUUUCUCAAAUAUAAGCAAAUGCAUGUAUGUAAGUCAGUUGCUUUUUCAUCAACUGUCCCCACUUCUCAUAAACUCGAAACUUAUCAAACAAAAAUGAUUAACAGCUGAUUUUUGUUAUGAAUUUGUGUACAUAUGUAUAUCCCGUUUUGUUAUUUGCACGUGAAUUCAUUCGUGAAUUUAAAAUGUUUUUAUUACGGCGAUCAACAAAAUAUACAGUAAACGAUUAUAUUAAGAAAUAUAUUCGCUUUUGUGGGCAGCGAACUCUCAACUCUUCUCCGGAUGAAAAUGUACAUAACAAAUAUCAAUCGGAAUGGAAACUUGCUCAAGAAAGAUAUGCCAAGCACCCGCUCAUUGUAUACAGUACCAAAUUGGAAGAACAAGUGGAAUUCAUGAAUUAUCGUCGGCUUCGAACAUAUAAAUUUAAGGAAGCAUUGAAGGAAAGGCGAAAGUGGCACCAACUCCAAAAACAGCCAUUCAUUUCUGAACCAGAGGUUAGUUUUGAUAUUGAGACUGAUACAAGUAAUUUUCCAGUGGAUUGGAUGGAAGAUUAUGAAUUCUAUGAAGGUAAUCGAGAUGGAAACCAUUCCGCUUAUGGUACUGCGGAUCCAAGAUUGUCACCUUCAAAUGUUCCUUGUAGCGGGUGUGGAGCACACUUGCAUUGUACACACACUAAUUUGCCAGGCUUCAUUCCUGUCGAGAUAUUUAAAGGUCGUUCGAAAAAAGAACUGCAGUCUAUAAUAUGUCAACGCUGUCAUUUCCUAAAGAAUUAUAAUAUUGCUUUGGAUGUGGAAAUAAGUGCUGAUUCAUACGUUGAAACCAUAUCUCGCAUAAAAGAUGAAUAUGCCCUAGCCAUAGUAAUCGUAGACCUGUUGGAUUUCCCUUGUUCUAUUUGGCCCGGUUUACACGACGUUCUUGGGCAUAAACGGCCUGUAUUUGUAGUCGGAAAUAAAGUGGAUUUGCUGCCUCGAGACCACAAUAAUUACUUGGAUCAUGUUAAAAGCUGCCUAAAAGAUCAAAUGGCGCAGUGCCAAUUUGAUUCACUCAACAUAAAACAUAUCAGUUUAAUUUCUGCUAAAACAGGAUAUGGGAUAGAAGAACUUAUAACUCAACUGCACAAAAUAUGGGCCUACAAAGGAAAUGUUUAUUUGGUCGGCUGUACUAAUGUGGGGAAAAGCUCGCUCUUCAAUAUACUUUUAAAUUCUGACUACUGCCGUCCAGAAGCAUCGAAUCUUGUACGCAGGGCGACUACUUGCCCAUGGCCAGGUACAACUCUUCAAAUGCUUAAGUUUCCUAUUUAUAGGCCUUCAGAAAUACGAGUAUAUCAACGCUUUCGUCGCUUAACCUCCGAGCGAGCAAAGAAAGACGCUAAAAAUUCACUACGUCGCCAGCAAGCACAGCAAACCGGGGACUUUAAAGCUGCUCGACUUGAAGGAGCUGUUGGUAGGACUUUCGUAGAUAAUGUCGACACGGCGGAUGCAUUUGCUAUGAGUUCCGGAACACAGCCAAUUGCCACAUUGAAUGAAAAAGACCAAUUAUAUCGCCAAGCUAAAUGGUGUUAUGACACUCCUGGUGUUAUGCAUCCACAGCAGUUUACAGAAUUACUUACGUCAGAAGAGUUGCAAAAAUUGACGCCUAAUGAUAUGAUUGUACCAAGAGCUGUUCAACUCAAACCUGGUAUGAGUAUUUUUUUGGCUGGCCUGGCUCGUUUAGAUUUCAUAGAUUGUAAAUAUGUUGAUAUUGACUGGGUAAAAGUGAUUGUAUUCAGUUCUUUGCAACUUCCUCUUGUUGUCUCUCAAACGGCAAAUGCUGCUCAAGCAUAUAAAGAAUAUUUCAACACUGAAAUUCUAGGCUUACCUCAUGGUGAUGAGACACGUUUAGCUCGAUGGCCAGGAUUGCAGAGCUCUGACAAAACUAUUGAACUUGUAGGCAAAUACCAGGACGCGAUAAGUUCUGAAAUAGUACUUUCUUCAGCAGGAUGGGUCGGUCUUGGAUUACCAUAUGCUAGUGAAUGUAGAUUCCAAGCGUGGACACCAUUCGCUCGUGGUAUUUAUGUUCGUUCCCCACCGCUGGUGCCGUACGCGGAACGCUUAUUGGGUAAGCGAAUACGAAACUCUUUGGCAUAUAAUUUGGGAAAGCCCUUUAUUUUUAAAAAAUAAUCGGAUUUUAUUAAAGCAAAUAUAAAUAAGCCACCGUAGUUUGAUUACAGAACCACCAAUUAAGGGAUAUACGCCGUAUAUAUGUAUGUACAUAAAAUAUACCGAAAAUGCUAUAUAUGUACAUAAGUAUGUAUUUUAGUUUUUGUGCAUUCUGACUCCACAAAAUACAUAAGCAUGGACAGAGUCAAAAAAGAUAGAUUACAUAAACUGAGACUAUAAAGAUCCAAACAAUUUUAGUUCUUCGUAUUUAUGUAUGUUGUAAAAAUCGUAUUCAAAAAUUGUUAUUGUAAUAAAGAGUUCCAUAUGUUAAUAUGUACACUUAAGCAAAGUGUAUUAAACAAAGUGAAAUAACUAGUUUACGUACGCUUAUUGGACAAUA